ACUCGGUCUCUCUUCCUUUGUAUACACCAGAUACAUGUCUGCCCGCCCUCUUGUUCAGGUCUUCUCUCACGAGGCCGCCAACACCAAGGUCGCUUCGGUCGCCCUCCCCGCCGUCUUCAAGGCCCCCAUCCGCCCUGACGUCGUCACCUCGGUUCACACCUCGAUGAACAAGAACCACCGCCAGGCCUACGCCGUCUCCGAGUACGCCGGUCACCAGACCAGCGCCAUCUCCUGGGGUACUGGCCGCGCUGUCGCCCGUAUUCCCCGUGUCUCCGGUGGUGGCACGCACCGCGCCGGCCAAGGUGCUUAUGGUAACAUGUGCCGUGGCGGUCGCAUGUUCGCCCCCACCAAGACCUGGCGCAAGUGGCACCGCAAGAUCAACGUCAACCAGCGUCGCUUUGCCACCUGCAGCGCCCUCGCUGCCUCGGCCAUCCCCUCGCUCGUUUUCGCUCGCGGCCACAAGAUCGACGGCAUCAACGAGGUUCCCCUCGUCGUCGCCAACGGCGUUGAGGCCCUCAACAAGACCAAGGCUGCUGUUGCCUUCCUCAAGCUCGUCGGCGCCUACGCUGACGUCGAGAAGGUCAAGGAGAGCCGCAAGGUCCGCACUGGCCAGGGCAAGAUGCGCAACCGCCGCCACGUCCAGCGCCUCGGCCCCAUGAUUGUCUACCGCAACGACAACGGCAUCACCCGUGCCUUCCGCAACAUCCCCGGCGUUGAGCUCAUCCAGGUCGACCGCCUCAACCUCCUCAAGCUCGCCCCUGGUGGUCACCUCGGCCGCUUCCUCAUCUGGACUCAGGCUGCCUUCGAGCGCCUCGACGCCCUCUACGGCACUGGUCGCAAGGCCUCCGCCCUCAAGAAGGACUACAACCUUCCCCAGGCCACCAUGGUCAACGCCGAUCUUGCCCGCCUCAUCAACUCGGAUGAAGUCCAGUCGGCCGUCCGCCCCGUCCAGGCCAACGCUCGCCGUGCUUCCCUCAAGAAGAACCCCCUCAAGAACACCGAGACCCUCGUCCGCCUCAACCCCUACGCCCAGACCGUCAAGCGCACCGCCACCAUCUUCGCCGAGAAGCGCAAGGCUGCCAAGGCUGCUCUCCUCGCUGCCCGCCGCCCCGGCGCCCCUGCCCCCGCUGCCAACCCCAAGGCUGCUGCCCUCAAGGCUGCCAACAAGGCCCAGGCCAAGAAGCUCGCUGCCGCUUCCCGCGCCCGCGGCGUCGUCAUCCGUGCUUAAACGCAUGGUGUCGAGGCUCCUCGUCCCUUCUUUUUUGUUUUGCUGCAUAGUGUCGGCGUGACUGGCCCGUCUUUGAUCUCGGAAAAGAGCGGUGGGCGUUUCUUUGUCAUGAAUGUCCCUUUUUGUACAUUGGCAACAUUACAAACACAGUGUUCUCC